UUGCAGUCGAGUAAUGUCAGCUGAUUGCUGUGGUCGUGGUCACAUGUGAUGUAGCUCGUAGCUAGCUGUAGGGGAGGUAUAUCGUAUAGCGCGAGAGCUAGGAGUAGGAGCUAGCAGCGGAGGUGUUCGUUCUUGAUAGUGCAAUCCGAGUGCACAACGAAUUCAAAAUUAGGGCUCAGGAGUCGGGUUGAAAUACUUGAAUAUAUAUCGACUAGCUACUACUGCAUGCUAUCCAACAGUACCUGAGUCGAGUAGCAGUUUCUGUAAAAGGGGAAGCUUCCACAGUGCCAUUUAGUGGCGGUAAACGUUUUUAAAAUGGAAAAGAAAUUUGGAAUUCUCUUCACCGUAUCACUUUGGUGCCUGGCGGCCGUCUGCUCGGCGUCAGGUUCAAGUUAUUUGGUGGACGAUAGUGGCGGACUUGGACCACGAUUUGAUGGCAUCGGUGGAUUGAGUGGAGGAGGGGCCACCUCAAGACUUCUUGUCAGCUAUCCGGACCCAGAGAGGAGUCAGAUCUUGGAUUAUCUUUUUUCGCCCAACUUUGGUGCAGCCUUGCACAUAUUGAAGGUUGAGAUCGGAGGAGAUGCUCAGAGCACAGAGGGAACAGAGCCCUCUCACAUGCACUCUCCUGACGAUGAGAACUAUCAAAGAGGAUAUGAAUGGUGGCUCAUGAAGGAGGCAAAGAAGCGGAAUCCAAACAUCAAGCUAUACGCCCUGCCAUGGGGCUGGCCAGGGUGGGUAGGUAACUACACCAACAGCCCUUACACCGACAUCAAACAGACCAUCGGGUAUGUCAUGAAAUGGCUGCAAGGAGCAAGGACAGUGCAUGGAUUAACCAUGGAUUACCUAGGCAUAUGGAAUGAAAGAGCUUACAACAAAGACUAUAUAAAGCAGUUACGCCAAACGCUAGACUCCAGCGGCAUGAUGGGAACUCAAAUAGUCGCUGCCGAUGGGGGCUCGACCAUCAGUAAAGAUAUCCUUGAUGAUAAGGAUCUUGCCAAAGCUGUUGAAAUCUUGGGAUUUCAUUAUCCUGGUACGUACGUGACUAAAUAUACCACAGAGACGAGAAAAACGUUAUGGUCCAGUGAAGACUACAGUACAAAAAAUGAUAAUGUAGGAGCGGGAUGCUGGGCACGGAUAUUGAACCAAAACUAUGUGAAUGGCAAUAUGACUAGUACGAUAUCGUGGAACCUAAUCGCUAGCUACUAUGGGUCUAUGCCCUUCGGCCGCUGUGGGCUAAUGACGGCCGAAGAGCCUUGGUCAGGCAACUACGCAGUGGAAGGCCCUAUCUGGGUGACUGCACACACCACCCAGUUCACCUUGCCUGGCUGGAAGUAUUACUUACGAGGGUCAGGAGCAGGUCACUUAGACCUGGGAGGAAGCUAUGUCAGUCUUACUGAUGGCAAGAACUUCACCAUCGUCAUAGAAACCAUGACACACAAUCAUUCACAAUGCAUCCGUCCAUCCUUGCCACCAUACACUGUAAGGGCACAGACUGCUACCUUCGACCUGAAAGGCAUGUUCAACUCUAUCAAGUCUCUCAAUGUGUUCUACUCUAAGCCUGGCUAUGGUGGGAAUUCUUCGGUUUAUUUUAUGAACAAAAGCCCUGUUCAAGUUGUAAAUGGUCAGUUCAAUUUGACCCUUUACCCUGAUGAGAUCUACACACUGACCACUCAGGCCGUUGGUAUGAAGGGCAAAUACCCUGACCCUCCCCAAACUAAGCCCUUCCCAACCAAGUACACGGACAAUUUUGAUGAGUACCCAAUCUACAGUGAGGCCAGCUAUUUUACAGACCAGGCUGGUUGCUUUGAAAUCCGAAACUCUGGAAACAUCAGUCACAACCUUGUCAUGCAACAAGUAGCAACCUCCUUCCCAGUCAAUUGGUGCAAUGAUGCCCAUCACCCAAUCUCGGUGAUUGGAAACCAUACCUGGCGUGAUGUGAGCUUUAGCAUUGACGUUCAUGUCUUGCCUUCGUCUGGAGCUAUCCUUGCUCUCCGUGUGGAUGCUGGCGGCUGUGGGGCAGCAGGCUCAGAAGGAAUCUACUUCUGGCUCGGUGGAAGUGGAAAGUACAACGUUACCACGGACAUGGAAGGCAAAAGUGUUGUGAUGAAUGGUACAGCUCCCAUAAUUGGCAAUACCUGGGCUACAGUUCAGCUAACUGUCGUUGGUGGUGAGGCCAAGGGGUCUGUGAAUGGUGUUGAGGUGUUUGACUGGGUCAACAUUCCUACAGUACUACCUCACCAUGGAUGGAUCGCUAUAGGAACACCAGACUAUUCUGCAGCUCAGUUUGAUAACUUUGCCAUCCAUUCUGCAUCUUGAUGACUGGAAAAUAAUAAGGAUUAUACUGUAAACAUGACAAGCAUUUGCAUUGUGUUAAUUUUCAGGCUCAAUAAAGGAAAAAAUGAAAUGACUAUGACUAUGAACAUGUCAACUCAUAUUUUAUUGAACUAGGCAAAUCAUGAAAUUAGUAGCACAAAAAUGUAGUCAUCUCAAUUUCAGUAUCAUUGUGUGCAAUAUCAAAAAACUUACAAAAUUGGUAAAACACACAUUUCAUUAAAUUGGCCAAAUCAUGAUAUUAGCAGAAACAUUUCUUUUCUCAAAUGAUAGGAGCAAGAAGGUUAUCAUGUGCAAGAUUACCAUGUUUACAGUACAUCAUGAAAAUCAGAUUUCUAGAGGCUCCCAGUAGGCCCACUGCAGAAACUGCUUUAAAGGUAAAGACCAGUUUUGGAAACGCCCCCCUCUCAAAAAUGAAAUGGAA